AUGAUCACCUCGAGGGGAUUCAUCGAGAAGUGUAUUUUCAUGGAAGCUGGAUUGAAGCCGACAGGCGGUGGUAGAAGUGGCUGUGGAACUGGCGGUAGUGGCCAAGUCUACGCCCGCCGCGGCCAAAGUCAGGGUCGUAAUGGCAUCAUGUACAGUUAUUACACUCCUAAGGUCCGCUGGGCCGAUGGGAAAAAUAACGGACAUCGCCAUUACUGGGCCAGCGUAGUAGUCUGGGUCAAUCGAUGGGGUUGUGAGGAGGAGGAUAUCACGGGUAUUUGGCCAGUCGGUGUUUCCUACACAGCUGACCAUCUGAACUGGGGUACCCCAUCCACCAUCAGCGACAUCUCUUUCCGUGGCGCAAGUGUUGGCCUAGACAUGGCAACACAUCCCAAGAUGCAAAUCCACGACAACGUCAUCUCGGCCUUCAAGGGCGCUGACGACGAGAACAUCAUCGAGCGAACCCUGAUCAGCUGGGAGUCAUUGCCAACUUUGGCCAAGGAUGCUCUUACCGACGUUCAGUAUGAGAAGACCCAGGUUCCUUUCAACGACGCCAAUUUCCAAGCUCAGAUGGAUGCCGCGUAUCAGGAGAGGUUCUUUGCGGGGAUUCCGAAGGUGGCGGAUUGCGACCCGGUGGAAGACCGACCACCUAAGGUUGAUACUCCAGAUGACACUCCCGUGACUUCGACCAGUGCGCCCAAGACAGAGGCCACUGGAGCAUAG